AUGAAAACACGCCUUCUACUUCAACACUUCCCCUUAGCCUCAAUUUGGGUAGCCCCAAGAAUUGAAAAGGCUUAUAGAUGCAAAAUGCUAGCUGCUAACGAGCAAUUUCAAGAGGACUAUUCCGAAAAUUUGGUUAAUACAGUUAUCGAAAAUUCGAAUUAUUUAAAUGGAAGUAAUAAUACGAAUAGUUUGAAUAAUUCUUUUGGGGGGUUUAAUGAAGAUAUUUCUUCAACUGAACAACAAACAGCGGUGGUUUAUGAAUGGAAAAGUGAGGACCAUCAAUUCUUUGCUGAAAACUGUCCUAUUGCUGAUGGGGGGUUUACUGAUGAAUAUUUAACUGAAGAGACUGUUAGGUGA